UCAACUCAAUCAUCAAGUAAUUUCAUUCUUAAGCUCUUGUCCAUUAUAUUUCGUCAAUGGAAAUAUGUGCACUCUUGUUUUGCUUAGGAAUGAUGGAGAGGAUAAGAAGGGGAGAGGACUUGCGUGAGCUGGUUUCGGACAGCAUGAUAGCACCAACUUGUGACUACAGUCAAGACUUCAUUUGGACUCCGAUUGGAACGUUCAAGUACUUCCCAGAAAGCUUAUGAAGUUCUCUUUCAAAUGGAUCUGGCCUCAUGAUGAUACCUGUUCUGAGUUGGGUGCAAUCGUCAUUUCCAUACAGAAGGGUUUUCAAUCCAUGGUGUUGCGCCACUCUAUUUUGGCCCAAUGGGCUGUGUAUCCAGUUGAGCCCACUUUGGGCAUGUCCUAGGGUUGGAGGUCGUCCUCCCAGUACUUACACCCCCAGCAGCCGCCAUGGGAGGGUGGGGUCUUGUUUUCAUGUAAUAGCUUUCGCUACUUCCCCUGGAGCACGCAUGCUGAUCCAGCCGCCCGUCUUCUUGUAUUCGAAACCCCAUUUUCGAUCAAUCCCGACUGAGUUCUUGAUUUCCCCCUUGAUUUCAGUGCUUGUUUACUUGUUCUUGCGAGUUCUUUGAUUUGCUUGCAGGACGGGUGCCCUCGUGGACGGUGUCGUGCAUCGCAAGGGCGCGGCGACCAGGGAAGAGGUGUAUCGGUUGCUAAGGCGCAGCGUCUCUGGAUUGCUGAAGUCGGACCGCCAACGCCUUCUCUCUCCCUAAAAUCGAGUUAUCCAAUUUGUCCUCACCGAAAGAUCGGGAAAUCCCCCCACGGGUUCUCAUCAGAAGGCUUAUGUCAGCUUCAUCUUGAGGGUGACAAAGCUUCGUAACUAACGAAGAUGGAGGAAUGUCUGGCUCUUUUGGAGAAGGAGAAGGCAUACCUGUAGAUAACCAUCAUAGCCUCCUGUGCCAAAGCUGAGAGAAAUGCUUAACAACUAGCUGAUGCGUGCCAGCAGGCCCGUGCCACCGAGGAAGCCAAAACACACGCCGAGGAGCGUCGGGCCCGUGGAAAGGAGACGCUCUAAUGCUACCGCGUGGCCUUCGCUACUGGUGCCGAAGCAAUUCAAGCCGAUAUGCAUGCGCUGCUGGAGAAGUUUGACCUGACACCCCCCGAGCUUUUGCAGGACGACAACAUUGAGUUGGCUGAAGUGUUUCGCUGGCUUCGCGCCUACAUGGCCAUGGCGGACUCCGGCAGCCACUUCUUCGGCAACCUGAGCGAGGCCGUUGUUGCUCACACCCUGAGCGCUGCUGUUUGCGGCCUUUUGCCAGCGAAAGCGGGCAGCUUCGGUGCUACAACGGAGAUUCAGCUUCGGACUCUUCACGACAAGACCUUUCAGUGGCCUUCCCUCGAAUCGAUGCGGCCUGAAGCUCUGCCUGUACUCUCAAAAAAUAUCAUGAAGAACUUUGUGGAAACCUUCUUCCAAGAGAGGGGUUGCGGCCUAGUUAGCCUGGAAGCGACUCGCCUGAAGGAACAUCUACAAGCCAAAGCUGAGACCUUCGCUCGUGAGGUUCUCGGGAAUGCUAAAGCGGGCAACUUGACCGGCGCUAGAGUUGAAAACUGCGGCGGGUCUGGCGGAGGCCAUGGUGGAGAUGACAGUGAUGACCAACGGACAGGAGAGGUGUGA